GGGUCAACGACACCAUGGCAUGAGUUGGUCCCUUUCCACUAUGCCUCGCGGGAAUAACCCUAAUGAUUCAGAGCACGAAUCGGCUCUCGAGGCUUGAAGCAACCGGGAGAAUCCUCGUCUCUUCUUCUCCUCACCCUUUUGCCCCUCUCCGAUCGAAGGAUCUUUGGUACAUUGCGGUAGGUGUUUGUUCUGGAUCCUAAGGAAACCAAGAUCGAUUCUUUUGGGAUUCGUUUGAUGUUAUUGUUCGCUUUUCGUUGGUGCUAUUUUAGUUUUUGGGGAAAAGGAAAAUCGUGAAAUCUACAAGAAAAAAAUGUCUCUUUUCACGGUAAUUUUGGUCUCGAUUUUCGUUUUUCGAUGCUAAUAUAGUUCAUAAGAAAUAAUCCAUGGAGAAUAUUUGCUGCCGACUUGCAAGUUCUGUUCUUCAGCCAAAAUUAGCCAAAUGAGGGUGAAUUUGGUCUCAAAUUUUGCCUUCUUGGAUUUGGGGUGUGUAAAUUUGGCGGAACUGAUUUGGUUAUUGUACUGGGAAAUCGCAAGAAUAAGAUAUUGAUAGCGUCGGAUCAGUAUCAGCUUUCAGAUGUAUGUCACGGAAGCUCAAUUGCUUUGGUUAUGGAGGACCCCCAAUCUGUCAUCUUUGACUUACAGAAGCAUGAGAGAGCUUGGUAAACAUGAAUUCGGAAUUAAUGUCCUUGUCAAUAUGAUUUUUAGUUUGUUCAUAUGAAAAUGGCAUUGAAUGUGUGUUUUGUUUUCUUUUUUCAUGCAUAUUAGAGGUAUGUGUGUUGGAACCUUUUUAUCUAGUAUUUUCUGAUCUUCAUAUAGACAAGUUGAAGGGUAAAACGUAAUCAUUCUAAUUAUAUUCAUCCGUUAAAUUUGGCUGAAAAAUAUAAGUGAUUUAUUUUGAUAUAACCAUAAACAACCUGGAUGGCAUGUUGAAUUUUCAUUCUGUGGAAUUGUCGAUGCCAAUGUCCUGACUUUGCUAAAGCAAUAUAUUAUGGAAGUCACCUGUUACUUGGUUGGUGUAAUUAUUGUAGUUUUCUCUUAAUGAAAUUGACUGUCUUAUGCAAAGAAUAAUUACGAACAUGAAAUGAUCUGGUUACAAAUUUAAAAAGAAACACAAAUUUGGAGGAAGUAUGCAAAUGAGAUGUGGUUUGAUGAUUGCUUACCACACUUUUCUUCUCUCAUAGCGCGGACAAGUUUUCUCUUAUCUGACAUUUGGUGUCAAAAAAAAAACCUAGAUUGACAAUGAAAAUGUGUAACAAAGGUCCAUUGGUAUUUGUUGCUCAGAAUCUACGUCUUCUUCAACAAGGUGCUCAUACAAUAAGAAUAUAUACUCACAACAAUGUUCAGUCCAUUUUGACGUAUUAUCUCAUCUUCCAUAAAUUGUAUUCAUUCUGCAGCUGUGCCAUUCGAGUAUGACAGCAAUUUGAUGUGAAGAUAAAAGACAAGGAAAAAAAGCAAUUCUGUUUGGAUUUUUGUCCUAUCAUACCUAUUGGAAGAAACACAAAUUAAACUCUAUCAUACUCCUUCCAUUUAGUUUUCAAUGCCAUGCAUGCUGAUGAAAUGUUCAUUUGAAGUCAUUUAAAUAGCUACCAUGACAACAAGAACCAUUAGAAGGCGGCUUCAUCAUGGAGAUGUUGAUGGAAGGAAAAGUGAGUUUGUGGAACCAUCAAGAUUUGAUGUCCAAAAUGAACCACUACUUGGAAAUGACAACCAUUCAGACAAUUAUAAGGGAUAUGAUGAUAGACACAGACAAGAUUGGGAUGACAAAACAAAGGAAGUAGACCUUCACUGGACCUGCCUUUUGUCCAAUUUGACUGUUCAGUGGUCUCAAUGGUUAGCAAGUAUUGCCCGUGGCUCUGGAUCUGUUUUAGGAAGGUUAUUAUCACUUUCUUCUAUUACAAGUGUACAAUUUGUCCCAAUUUGUCUUACUCCAUUGCAGGAAGAAAGAUUGAGAAACCUGAGGCGGAGACUGAAGGUUCGGUUUGAUGGUUCUCAUUUGGAUCAUCUAGAUGCUCUGAAACAGCUUUGGCAGUCAUCCUACCCUAAUCGAGAAGUUCCCCCGUUUAAAUCUGACUCAUGGAAGGAAAUGGGUUGGCAAGGUUGUGAUCCAUCAACCGAUUUCAGGGGUGGUGGCUUUAUAUCAUUGGAAAACCUCAUCUAUUUUGCCAAAAACUACCCGAAUUCUUUCCAAAUGCUGUUGCACAAAUCAGAAGGUAGAAGAGCUGAGUGGGAGUAUCCUUUUGCCGUAGCUGGCGUUAAUGUAUCAUUCAUGUUGAUUCAGAUGCUAGACUUGCAGUCAGAUUUUCCAUCUUCAAAAGCAGGAGUUCGUUUCCUGGGACUGCUUGGAAACGAUGAGAAAGCAUUUGAUAACCUCUAUUGUAUAGCUUUCUGUAUGUUGGAUGCUCAGUGGCUUGCAAGACAUGCUUCUUAUAUGGAGUUCAAUGAGGUUCUGAAGUUCACAAGAAUUCAGUUGGAGCGCGAACUUGCACUGGAAGACGUUACCAGCAUAAAAGACUUGCCUGCAUACAACAUGAUUAUAUAGUCUUUUUUUCAGAUCCAAAUUUGAGCUAUCAAUGCGGGAUUUCGAAGAAUCUUUAUGGAGACCAUCACAAUGCAUAAAACAAACACAAUUGUAAAAAAGGAUAGUGGUGCUGAUUACAAAAAUAAGUUCUUUUCAUCUUUUUAUUUUUAUUUUUUGUAUUUGAAAGGUCAUCUGUUUUCUGCUAAAUAUGAGCAGUAUGUAUUCAACAAAAUUGCUUUAAUGAAGUGACAGGUUGACGAUC